AUGGCCUUUGGAUGGGCAGCCAGAGACACUUCUGGUCUUCUAUCUCCCUUCAGUUUUUCCAGGAGGGUAACUGGAGAAAAAGACGUGACUUUCAAGGUGCUGUAUUGUGGGAUAUGCCAUUGUGAUCUUCACAUGAUAAAAAACGAUUGGGGCUAUUCCAUAUACACUAUUGUCCCAGGGCAUGAGAUUGUUAGAGCAGUGAUAGAGGUUGGAAGCAAGGUAGAAAAGUUCAAAGUUAGAGUUAGAGUGCACGUGGGAAGCAUAGUCGAAUCUUGCCACUCUUGUGACAAUUGUGCCAGCGAAAUCCAUAUUUACUGUCCAAAAUUUAUACCUACUCAAGGCACCCAAGACUAUGAUGGAGCCACCACACAUGGAAGCUACUCUGCCAUUAUGGUUGCAAAUGAGCAUUUUGUAAUCCCUAUUCCAGAUGAUUUACUUGUGGAUGCCAGUGCCCCUCUCCUCUAUGCUGGAAUUAUUGUUUAUAGUCCUUUGAGAUACUAUGGACUGGACAAACUUGGCAUGCAUGUGGGUGUUGUUGGCCCUAGUGGGCUUGGCCAUGUGGCUGUCAAGUUUGCAAAUGCUAUGGGGGUUAAGGUGACUGUGAUUAGUAAUUCUCUUAACAAGAAGAAGGAAGCUAUUGAUCAUCUUGGUGUUGACUCAUUUUUCGUUAGUAGUAACCAAGAUGAGAUAAAGGCUGCCAUGAGCAAGAUGGAUGGUAUAAUCGAUAUAGUAUCAAUACCUUAUCCUAUCCUGCCAUUGAUUGGACUAUCAAGAACUAAUGAAAAACUUCUUCUUGUUGGUUGUCUAGAGAAACCAUUGGAGCUGCCAGUUUUUACUUUGCUAUUAGGUAGGGAUAUAAUUGUAGUAAAUUGCAUAUAUAUAAUGGGUGGGGGGACGAAUAGGACUCAAGACAUGUUUCAUAUUAAAGGACAACACAACAGCAACACACUCAUGAACCUCCUUUCUAAAGCCCAUGUUAGAUAUUGCUUUGUUAUUGAUAUUGGAAACCACAUUAAUUUGCACCACUUAAUUAAUUUGCUUUUAAUAAUCCGAAUUUAG